UCUUAAAAAAAAAUCCCCUUUAUAAAGAGCUAUCCUCUGCAGAUCCAGAGAAAUCAUGUAGUUCACACAACAAAGGGCUCUUCCAUCCUUUUUCUUAAAAUCCAAGUAACUCAAGGCUAAUGGCAAACGCCAAUAUUUACCUUACACUCCUGCUUCUCCUAAGCAUCCUAAAAUGGGGUCAAUCAGCAAGCAAUUACGUGCAAGAAGCAUGCAGCGUGACCACAUAUCGUGCCCUUUGUAUCAGCACGCUAGCACCCUUUUCCAGCUCCGCCAAGAUAAGCCCGAGCAGGUGGGCUCGAGCCGGGGUUUCGGUGACCAUAGGAGAAACCAAGAAAGUCACCCAGUACUUGUUGAAGGUGAAGAAACGCAGGGAGAUGAGAGGGAGGUACAGACUCACACUCUCGGAUUGCAUCGAGUGCUUUCGAGAUGCCAUCGACCAACUCCACUGCUCACUCGGGGUCCUUCGGAAUCUAAGCGCCAGGCAUUUUUACGAACAGAUGGGGGACGUGGCGACCUGGUUGAGUGCGACGCUAACCGAUCAAGAUACCUGCUUGGAUGGGUUCGAGAAUCCCAGGGGGAAGCAGGCCAAGAUGGUGCAGUACAAGGUUUUGAGAUCGUCGUACUUUACGAGUAAUGCUUUGGCUCUGGUCAAUAAACUUGCAACUUCUGGGCUGUAGAGCUUGGAAUCAUCAUCCUUGAUGAUUGUUAAAUGA